GUAUUCUUUUUACUACUUUUUUUCCCUGCUUCCAUUCCCCCCAACCAUUCCUUUUUAUUCCUACCUUUUUUUUCGUUUUAUUUAUUUAUCAUCAGUAUUCAUUUCUUUAACUUACAAAAUUCGUUUUCUUACUGGAUUAUUCUCUACCGCGUUCUCGGGCGCCAACCAAAGACCUGAUGACGGAGAAGUAUCUAUUCAGAUAUCUCACUUCAAACUAAUGCGCGUUGUUGGACGAGGGGCCUUUGGAAAGGUUCGUAUCGUUGAACAUCGAGAAACUCGCCAACUAUAUGCCAUGAAAUAUAUUAACAAAGAAGAAUGUAUUCGAAUGGAUGCUGUACGAAAUAUUAUCAGGGAAAGAACUAUAUUGGAACAAUUAGAUCAUCCAUUUUUAUGUCGACUUCGUUUUGCUUUUCAAGAUAAUAUUUGUAUGUAUAUGGUGACUGAUCUCAUGCUGGGCGGAGAUCUCUAUUAUCAUAUAUCUGCAAAUCAAUAUUUCUCGGAAGAUGUCUUACGAUUUUGGUUUGCUGAACUCUCUUCUGCUGUCAAAUAUCUUCAUUUCAAUGGUGUAGUACAUCGGGAUAUUAAACCUCAAAAUAUAUUAAUGGAUGAAUGGGGACAUGUACAUUUAACCGAUUUCAAUAUAGCUACUUAUUUACAUUCAAAUCGACUUCUUACUUCUGGAUCAGGCACAAGUUAUUAUAUGGCUCCGGAAGUAUUGAAAGGUGGUGGAUAUAAUGAAGCUGUGGAUUGGUGGGGACUAGGUGUGACAUUAUAUGAAUGUGUAUAUGGCAAGAAACCAUUUGAUCAUGAACUUAAUGACGAAUUAUCAGCAGCAAUUAGACGUGGUCAUGUUCACUACUCAAAUAGUAAAAGAUCUAUAUCUGGUGAAUGUCUAUCUGUCAUGCAAGGAUUUUUAGAAAUGGUACCUACAAAACGACUUGGUCAAGGUGAUCAUGGAUGGAUCAGUUUAGUACAACAUCCCUUUUUUAGAUCAGUAGAUUGGCGACGCUUGGAAUCAAAAACAUUGACACCACCUUUUCAACCUGCAACAAAUCAAAACAACUUUGAUCCUACUUUUGAUCUGGAACAGAUGGUAGUAGAUGAUUUUGGAUCUUUACAAGAUGGUGGAGGAAGACAUCAUCAUCGACUGAAUGAUCGACAUCGAAAAUCAACAGAUACAAGCAAACAUGAACGAGAUCGAACGAUGAUCAAAGAAAAAUUCAAACCUUUCGAUUUUACUAUAUUUGAAAAGUAUGAAGGAUUUAAGGACCCGGUUAAACGUACAGUUGGUGAACCACCAGAUUGGGUCAAACCUGCUUUUGAUGGUGCUGAUCGUGACUUAUUACCAAUUACCCGUAUCGAUAUGAUAUCCAAUCCCUCAAACAAUGACCAACAACAACAACAUACCCAUUAUAUUGCCAACAAUCAACCUAUCAAGAAUAUGAAUCAUAAUAUAACAACCCAGGAAAAUCAUAAUUCACCACUCACUUUAUCUAUUGAUACUCACCGCACUUCACGUUUUGCUGGCAAGAAGGAUUCUGCUGGCGGACCUUUGUUAUGGCGAUCACAAUCAACAAAUAAUUUGGCAUCAAGAGCUGGAUUUUUGGUGGAUACAUCUUCUCUCGGUUCCCCACCUUCUUUGGAUGAUACCAAUAUGGUAGAAAGAGUUAGAAAACGAAGAAGUCUUGGAACAUAUCAACAACAACAACACAGGGGUAUAUCAGGAUCUCCACUGGUUCCAAGUAGUCCAAUGAUGGAUAUUUCUUUUACACCUACUGAUGAUGGAUUACAUUCUUUACCCAUGAUGGAUGAUCAACAACAACAAGGUGCAAUGACUAGUCUCAGUGAAGAAUAUGCCAUGUCAUUACAAGGUGUUCGGAAAAAGCAAAGUACACGUAGUUUUAGGGAAAGACGGGAACGAGAUCGGAAAAGUAUUCAUCAUUGAAGUUGGGUUAGUUAGUUAUACAAUAGUUUGAUACCUCACCUUUCUUUUUCUUUUUUUUUUAAUACAUAUUUAUAUAUUUAUAUAUUAUCUUGUUUUGAAUAAAGAAUAUCAUUAUUAUCAUCAUCA